AACACUGCAAGAUGUGUUAGGGUAUGAAGCUUUAAUACCAACCAGCACAUCCACAGACAAUCAGUAUGCCUCUGAAUACUGAACAGUGGAUAGUGACUUCCACAUCAAAAAGUCAAGGGUCAGCUGAAUUUCUUAUAGGUAUGGAGCCUCUGAACUACAGCUUUAAUUCUGUGCAGAAUAAAGCUGAUUGCCAGGAGGUAGGAAAGUUGGAUGCUUCCCUUCGGUGCAACUUUACCAGGACAACACCAGACUGCAGUGUCGGUGAUGGAUAUAUUAAUUAUCUUGAUGGAGCUUUCUGCAGCUUCCUUCCAAGCUUGUUCCCUCUUGCUAUCUUUUUGUAUACCCUUUGGUUGCUGUACCUUUUUAUUAUUCUCGCAGUAACUGCAGAAAAGUUCUUCUGUCCCAAUCUGUCAGCAAUAUCCCGCAUUCUCAGACUUUCUCAUAAUGUCGCUGGCGUUACUUUCUUGGCAUUUGGGAAUGGCGCCCCAGAUGUUUUUAGUGCUGUGGCUGCUUUUUCUGACUCAAGGACAGCAGGACUUGCAAUUGGAGCACUUUUUGGUGCAGGUGUAUUUGUCACCACUGUGGUGGCAGGUGGGAUCACUAUAGUGAAGCCAUUCACGGCUGCAUCUCGUCCCUUCCUGAGAGACAUUGUGUUUUACAUAUCUGCCAUCUUUUUGACCUUCUUCAUUUUGUACCAGGGAUUUGUGACCCUGGCUGAAGCUCUAGUGUAUUUGCUGUUGUAUCUGGUUUAUGUCUUUGUGGUUGUUAUCUCUACAGCUUGAGCACCAGGGUCUUCUGGUGUGGAUCCUGGCAGGGGGCCUCGGCAUCAGCUUGGUAUUUUCUCUCUGCUGGUAAACAAAUGUUUCAAGAUGCUCUGACAAACCUUUUAACUGAAAAACUGGGAACUGUAUCUUGAGCAGCUCUUGUUGCUACAGCUUGGCUUUGAGAUUUUAUCCCGUCAUGGCUGUGUUUCUGACUCAGGGUUACAGAUGUUUUUAAGUAUAUUUUAUACCUCACAUUUUUAAAAAGUUUAAAUGGACAAUCAAUCUAAAUUAUAUAUUGUAUUAUGUUGCUGAUCAAAACAAAUUAUAUGUUUAAGUUUUUAAACAAUUGUCUUCAAAAGCCAUAUUGUAGAAAACUACUUUUGUAAACUGUUAUAUAUUUUUAAGUUAAAGCCUUUCAAUGUUUAGUAUAUUGUUGGUAUAACUGUCUGUUGUACUGAGGGAAAAGGAAGGAAAGGGAAACCUGUUCUGUGAUCAAGCUGCACUUUUAAACAACAAUAGCUAGUUAUUUAGAUCAUGUUAAUAAAAAGUUUUAUAUCAUUAAGAAUUUUUUUUUUUUUGGUCUCAAAUGUGAAUCUACGUGGAUACUAGUUUUAAAUGCUACUUAAGCGUUCUAUAAAGGGAAAGUAAACAUAAAUUCACUGGAGGUGCCAAAUUGUUUGGCACCCUCCUGUGAUUCUAUUUACUAAACUACUACCUAUUCUGCUUGGUUGCACCUACAAGCAUUCAGACCUGGGUUUUUAGCACAGUUGUUAAAUACAGCAUGGUGCAGUUUUAUGCAUUUGACAUGUUUUGAAUUUCCAAACAGGCUAAUAUAAAAUACUCUCAUAAGGGCCAUUAGGCUAUACCAAACAGAAGAUUUUGAUCUUGUCAGGGACAUCUAUGGCAAAAUACACAAGUAAAUAUGUAGGGCGUGUUCCAGUAUGGCACAACAUGUGCUGGUAAAUCUUCUUCUUCUCUGUGGGGCAGAACCAAGGGUACUAAUAUGAACACGGGUAAAAUAAGUCCUAAUAUAUUUCUUCACCAUUUAAUGUUGGACACUGUGCCACAUGUUCCAGUGCAGGAGACAUAGGUGCAUACCGCAACAAAUUCUUGUGGUUAAUACCUUUAAUUGACAUCUGUGGCCAGAACCCAACUUGGCAGCUUUACCUUUGGCACAGAGAUGUUAGCUGUCUGUUGAAGUAUCUAAUGUGUUUGCCAGAUGAAUGAGUGUUACAACCACUUGCUUGUAACUGGUACUGGAUGGCUCCUUUAGUCUACAUACAUACCCUGUAGCUUGCUAUCCAGCUUGCAUCAGUUUGUUCCCCUUGGUGCACCUCUGCAAUCCCACAUUUAGUAGCUAAGACUCCUGUGUAGCACUACCCUAAAACAAUUAGCAGCAAAAUCUUAGCACAGCUGUAAUUUAUCUCCUGAGGUUUAUUUGUAUGCCCUUGCAUUUUCAAACUAAAUUAAAUAAUCAAUCUGUGUUUUUCUGUUGGUUUAUUUUCUCUUGCACUACAAAUACAUUUAACAAAAUUACAAAAAAAGCUGGGUCGAUCAUGCUGUAUGUUGUGUACACAAUCUCUUAAACGUUAGUUGCUUCUGUACAACAGAGCAUAAUCACCCACUAUGUGGAAAAUGUUAACUAGAGUACUGCUUGUAGGCAGAAAUUCUCUUGUAAGUGGCAGUUUUGUAUUUUGGUGUAUACUGAUCCAUAUUUAAUGUAUUAAACUUUUUAAAAUAUUUUAA